AUGUGCAUCUUAUCCAAGCGGAGCCGAACGGAGUUCAGCCCAACCCAGCCCUUGCAUGACCUGAGCAUGGAGAACAGCCAGCUCAUGGAACAGCUGCUGGUGUGUGAGAGGGCCAGUCUGCUGCACCAGACAGAGUAUUACAUGCUCGUGAAUGAGAAUCGAUUCGGCAACGACGCCCUGAGUGUGGCAUUCCUAAUCAGCCUCCUCACCGGGGAAGCCGAGGAGUGGGUGGUGCCCUACAUGGAGAUGGAUAGCCCCAUCCUAGGCGAUUACCAGGCCUUUCUUGAUGAGAUGAAACAGUGUUUUGGCUGGGAUGACGAUGAAGAUGACAAUGACGAAGAGGAUGAUUACUAG